CUUCCGGGAGGACACCGCGCAGGAGCGAUUUACAGACUCCGCGUCGCGGUGCCUUGUAUUCUGAGACUGGCUCGGGUGAACUGAGCGGUCUGUGCAGCCAGGAAACCUGGGAAUACGGUACUGAGGGCGCCGUGGCCCGAGAGAAAAUGCUUACGUUAUGAUUUCAAGUGAAAAUGCGAAGAUACAACAUUGUAUGAAGUCAUUGGUUAGUAAAGAAAACAUCAUGGUUUAAAAGGAGGGAGGUGUGUUUGCAGCUUUAACAGUUAUUUGAGAAGGAUUUGAAAUGAAGAUGGGUUAUAUAUCUUGUUAGAGAUGCAUCCUGACCCUCAAACUAAAUAGAAAACUCCGGGAAGACAUGAAGUACAAAGCUCUGCAUGUAGUAGCUACUCAAUAAGCUUUUUCCAGAGAUGAGAAAGAAUACCAUGAAGACACCACUGAGUGAAAAAAUGGUGUUUGAUUUCACAGAGUAAAUUCUCUUUGAGAAGGUGAUGUUUUCUCUGGCCUGUAUUCUUCCUUUUAAAUACCCUGCAGUUUUGCUUGAAAUUACUGUCAGAUCAGUAUCACUAAGUAGAUCCCAGUAGACUCAGCUGAACGCAGAUCUGAUCACAUAUCUGCAAAAGAAUUGUUGUGGAGAUGUCUGUAUACUGAAUGCCACUGAUUGGGUUAGAGAACAUGCUUCUGGCUAUAUCAGCAGAGAUGCCACAUCAUCCACCACCACAGGAAGCCCAGCCCAGUCAGUAGAUGUCAUUCUCACGCGACUCUGGAUUUAUAGCCAUCACAUCUACAACAAAUGCAAAAGAAAGAAUAUUCUAGAGUGGGCAAAGGAGCUUUCCCUGUCUGGAUUUAGCAUGCCUGGGAAACCUGGUGUUGUUUGUGUGGAAGGGCCACAAAGUGCUUGUGAAGAAUUCUGGUCAAGGCUCAGAAAAUUAAACUGGAAGAGAAUUUUAAUUCGCCAUAGAGAAGAUAUUCCUUUUGAUGGUACAAAUGACAGAAUGGAAAAACAAAGAAAAUUUUCAAUUUUUGAAGAAAAACUAUUUAAUGUUAAUGGAGCCAGAGGAAACCACAUGGACUUUGGUCAGCUGUAUCAGUUUUUAAAUGCCAGAGGAUGUGGGGAUGUUUUCCAGAUGUACUUUGGUGUGGAAGGACAAUGAGCAGAGGAUAGUUGAAAGUAUUUUGUUCACUAUUGUCCUUUUGAUUUUUCCCACUCUUUCUUAAAAGAUUAAGUCAUUUUAUUUUAGUCCCAUUCUAGAAAGUUAGGAAGGAAAAAGAAGUAGUAUAACUGGAAUGCAUCUGUUAAAAAUAGGUAAAACAUCUGAUCAUAAGAAAGCAUAACAAUCAUGAUUGAAAGCAGAACUGAGUUUCAGGUUAUAAUCUUAAAAGUGUUGCUAGAAAUUUCUUGGCAUAAAAACUACCCACUUUGAAAGAGAAACUAAUUGCACUUGAGGUAGAUAAUGUUGGUGGUCCAAGUCGCCACCCAAUCCCAAACCAUCUCCCUUACCUGCCUCCACUAAACACCCUGGAAAAGCUAAAUGUUCACUCCCCCAGCCUCUGUUACAGCUAGAUGUGGCCUUGGGACACAGCUUUGGCUAAGGGACUUCUGCAGAAACUUCUGUUUUACUGGUUAAAGUGAUAGAUGCAGCUAGGCCACCUCUUGCCUUCUUCCUGCCACAAAUACCAACAUGAUGGCUGGAGCUGCAGUAGUUCUUUCAACCAUGAGGUAUGAAAGGGCCAAGAAAACCACAGAAAUGCCAAUGCCCAUGUUAUCAAGCUGCUGAUUCAACCCUAUUUGCUGCCUACCUCUAGACUUCUUAUGAUGAAAUAAAGCAAAACCAGUUGUG